AUGAAGAACACAGAGGAGUCGGAGAGUUCCGGCAGCAGAGCCGUCGUGGCUUCUCCGUCCCAGGAAAACCCUAGACACUACCGCAUGAAACUCGACGUCUUAGGCGAAGUUUUGCAGCGACUCCAAGAAUCUAGCUACGAAGAAGCCGCUCUACCUGAUUUCGAGGAUCGGCUUUGGCAGCAUUUCAAUCGUCUUCCUGCUCGAUAUGCUCUCGAUGUUAAUGUUGAGAGGGCAGAAGAUGUUCUCACGCAUCUGAGGUUGCUGAAACUUGCGGAAGAUCCCGCAACUAGACCUGCGUUCGUAAUGUACAGGGUGGUCCUUUCAACUCCAACGUUUGGCUCCUCUCCAAAUUUUGAGCCUAUUACUCCGGGGAGUAAACUUGUUGAUAGUGCUGUUAAUGCAACAUUGGCUACCCGAUUCCUAACUUGCUUUGCUGCUUAUUUUGCAGACCGAUGCAUGAGAUUACCUUUUCAACCAUCCAUAAGCCUAAACUCCUUAGUCAGAGAUGGCUUUCUGUUUCUGCUUAGUGAGCUUGGAUUGAACAUUCAAGAGGCUCAUGCUUUCUCCACUGCCGAUGGGUUUUCUUUGAAUGUCUUUGUUGUUGCUGGUUGGUCUCAGGAGGAAACAGAUGGUCUAAAGGAUGCAUUAGGCAAUGAGAUACUGAAGCUUAAGAAGCUGAUUACUAAGACGCAGCAAACGUUCGAUAGGGCUCUCUCUACUCUUCCCGUCACUCAACACGGUAUGAUCUGGGAAUCAUAUCUAGUUUUUGUGAGCCAAGAAGGUGUUCCUGUUGAGACUUCACUGAGUGUGUACCGAAGAUAUGAAGAUUAUAUCAAGCUGCUGUUGAAGUCUGGUCGAGGGCUAGAAGCUGCAGAGAAUCUGAUUGAUGUGUUGAGUCGUGUUGGUGAAGUUGGGAACCGUGGAACAUUUAAUCUGUGUGCUGAGUGA